GCCCAGCUGUACCACUGGGCCGAGAUGCGAGCCAAGAUGCGCCUCAUGGGCUUCAAUGCUGAAGCCGUCAAGCCGCUGAACGAGGAGGCGGCCGCCGAGCUGGGCGCCGAGCUGCUGGGCGAGGCCACCGUCUUCGUCGUGACCUGCAGCUGCCUGGUGCUGGAGUACUGGCGCCACCAGGCGUAUCAGAGUCGCAAGGAGGGGGAGCAGCGCGCCGCCUGGGUCACGAUGCGGGACGAGGUGGACCGCCUGGCGCUGGCGCUGGAGGCCCUGCAGGCGCAGGUGCAGGCGGCGCCGCCGCGGGGCGCCCUGGAGGAGCUGCAGGCGCAGAUGCAAGAGAUCUCCUCUUCAGAGUACUCAGAGAUUCCCCCUUACUUCUUGCCUUUGAACUGGACACCCAGUGUCCACCCCAGUCCUUCACGCAAAGGCUUCCUCCAGUGGGACCACCUGCCCCCUCAGCCCUGAAGUUCACCACCUCCAACCAAAUGGAAUAAUUCCACCAGGUAGUGUUAAGUGUUACCUACCUUGCCUACCCCCUGCCAACCCAUUGAACCAUUAAAGGGGAUGUGUUAUGAGCUCUGUUAUUUCUGAAUUCUAUUUUUUUUAGACUGUAAAUGUAUAAUUUAAGGAGCUCUGGGGGAACGUCAUUUUGAGAAUGUGUCUGAGAACCAGGAUGUACAUCUGCAAAAUGGGUGGCAGGCUCACUAAAAUUAGAAGCUGGGAGGGUUCUGGUGGGAAGGGGCCAGUGUCAUCCUUUGAGCCCUUUCCCAGAUGGGGAAACUGAGGCCCAGGGGAAGCAAAGGGUCUUGUCCAAGGGCACACAGUCAAUGAGGGACUGCCCCUGGCUUUCUCUAGGGUGGUGAAGUGGUUGGGGCAGGGUGGGAAGGAGUGAGGAAGCUGCCUGGUGAGGGGCACAGAGAGGAAGGGAGGCAGGAAGGCCGAGAGGGGCCAGAGGCCACCCUAGCUGCAGGAGUCUGAGGGCAGGUUCGGGUGGGAAGAAGGAAGGU